ACUAUCGUCUAGUUGUAAAUCAUCUCUUUUUAUUUUACAAACACAAACACAAAACCUAAAGCUGUGCAAAACUUUCUUAAACUCAGAUGGGGAUGCAAAUCUUUGUUAACUAUUAUAUGAGACGCCGGGUCAUAACCCUUGAGGUGGAAAGCUCAAACACCAUUGAAAACAUCAAGACAAUGAUACAGGAUAAGGAAGGAGUCCCUAUCGACCAGCAGAGGUUUAUCUUUGCCAGACAUGAGAUGGAAGAUCACCGUACCUUGGCUGAUUACAAUGUCCAAAAAGAUUCAACUAUCCGCUUGUUUCUCAGGUUGAGAGGAAGUAUGCGAAUCUUCCUACUUGUAGACAAGACCAUAACUCUUUACGUCCGAAGGUCAGACACCAUUGGCAACGUCAAGGCAAUGAUACAAGAGGAGAGAGGAAUCCUUAGCGACAAGCAGAUGCUUUCCUUUUUCGGAAUUAUGAUGGAGGAUAACCGUACCUUGGGUGAUUACUAUAUCGAAAGAGAUUCAAUUCUACACUUGGUUAUUAGACCGGGAGGAGUUAUGCGAAUCUUCGUCUUCGUAAAGACUCUUAUAGGCGUUGGCGUGACCACAACUCUUCAUGUCCGAAGCUCAGACACCAUUGGCGACGUCAAGGCAAUGAUACAACGUAUGGAAGGAAUCCCUAGCGACCAGCAGAGACUUGUCUUUGUCGGAUAUCAUGAUAUGGAGGAUCACCUUACCGUGUCUGAUUGCAAUAUCCAAGAAUAUUCAACUCUACACUUGGUUCUUAGGUUGGGAGGAUUUAUGCGAAUCUUUGUUAAGUUCCUUACAGGCAAGACCAUAUUCCUUGUGGUCCAAGGCUCAAGCACCAUUGACUUUGUUAAGACAAUUAUACAACGUAAGGAAGGGUUUCCAACGGACCAGCAGAGGCUUAUCUUUGCCGGAUAUCAGAUGGAAGGUGACAGUACCUUGGCUGAUUACAAUAUCCAAAAAGACUCAUCUGUCCACUGUGUUCUCAGGGUGACCGAAAGUAUACGUAUCUUCAUAAAGACUCUUACGUGCAAGACUAUAGCCCUUGAGGUCAAAAACUCAGACAGCGUUAAAAACGUCAAGGACAGGAUCAAAGAUAUAGAGGGAAUCUAUCCGCACCACCAGAUUUUGAUCUUUGCCGGUCAACAGCUAGAGGAUGACCGUCGCUUGUCGGAUUACAAGAUCUGGAAGGAGUCGUUCCUUUUCGUCCGUUUUUUACGCCCUGGAAUUCAAAUAUUUGUGAAAACAUUCACCGGUGAGACCAUUACCGUAGAAGUUGACAGCUUAGACAUUGUUGAGUAUUUAAAGGAGAAGAUUCAAGACAAGGUAGGGAUCCCACCAAAUCUACAGAGAAUCACGUUUGGUGGUAGACCACUCGACGAUAGUCUCACGCUUGCAUAUUAUAACAUCCAAAAGGAGUCAACACUUUUCCUUCACAUGAAACUAUUUUCCUGCACCAUGUGCAAAAAUAAAAAUUAAAAAUUUUAAAUUUUAUUUUAAGAUAAAAGUUUUAUUAAUUUUGGAUUUUCUUAUUUGCUUACAAUAUAUAAUCUUAAUUUAAUCAUAUGUAAGAUUAAAUAAAUAUCUUUAUCUAUUCGUUUUUUUUUUGUUU